CAGGCGCAUGCGCGGGCAUGGGAGGCGGGGCCCGGCCGGGAGGCACCUGGGCAGGUUCUCGGAAGAAGGGAGGAAGGAGAGGAAGAGGGAAGCAGGAAGGAAGGAAGGAAGGAAGGCGGAAAGAGAGAGAGGGGGGGCUGCUGCGAGUGCUGCGGGGCCGAGGGUCGGAGGGGCCCUUCCGCCGCCAUGAUGCGCUUCAUGCUGCUGUUCAGCCGGCAGGGGAAGCUGCGCCUCCAGAAGUGGUACCUGCCCACCUCGGACCGGGACAAGAAGAAGAUGGUGCGCGAGCUCAUGGCCGUGGUGCUGGCCCGCAAGCCCAAGAUGUGCUCCUUCCUCGAGUGGAGGGACCUCAAGGUGGUCUACAAGCGGUAUGCCAGCCUGUACUUCUGCUGCGCCAUCGAGGGCCAGGACAACGAGCUCAUCACCCUGGAGCUGAUCCACCGCUAUGUGGAGCUUCUGGACAAAUACUUUGGCAGCGUGUGUGAGCUGGACAUCAUCUUCAACUUUGAGAAGGCCUACUUCAUCCUGGACGAGUUCCUGAUGGGGGGUGAGGUCCAGGACACCUCCAAGAAGAGCGUCCUGAAGGCCAUUGAGCAGGCAGACCUCUUGCAGGAGGUAGAGGAGGAUGAGUCCCCCCGAAGCGUUCUGGAGGAGAUGGGGCUGGCGUAGCCGCGCAUCAGCACUGGAGGAUCUGGGCCUCCCCCUGGGGAGGGAGGGAGGGAGGGGGGAGGGAGGGGGCUGGGGUCUUGCAGGAAAAGGGUCUCCACUCCUCCCCCCUCCAUCCGUUCUGUCCUUCUCUCCUCUUCACUCCUGCAAUACGGGGAGGGGUCUCCUUGGCUGCCUUCAAACCUCUGGCUCAUUCCAAUUCCAGGAAGAAGAGGAAGAAAAGGAGGAGGGGGCAGUCUGGCUCUUCCUCUUUGGAAUGGGGGGGCUGCAUUUGGGGAGAGUGCCCCCUCCCCAGCUUGGCAGCCCCCUCUACCUGCUCUGCCUGGAUCUGCCAUUCUUGGACUUUUAGGGGGUGCUUUGGUGGGGGCAUUAUCUCUCUCUCUCUCUCUCUCUCUCUUUCUGACCCCCAGUCACUGGAUGUGAGAGGGAAUAAACCAUGUACGGAA